UGAAGGGUUGUAUUUCCAACAAAUGAAAGUUUUAAUCAAAUAACCAUUUUUUGUUUGGUUUUUAUUUCAUUGAAUUUGAUUUUGAUUUUGAGUCGGGCUGAUGAUACAGGCUCUGGCUCUUUUCUUUGGUUGGUCCUCCCAGUCCCAGUCUCUAUCACUUCUCUAGGGCUCUGCAACACCUAUUUCACUACCUCCACUCUCCGACCGUUUCAUCGCGAAGAUCUCCAUGGCGCCCAAGCCCAAGCCAAAGCCCACGGCUUCGUCGUCGUCACAGCCCCCACCUCCCAUCGAAGACCUCUUCACGUCUCUCAACCUCCACAUCCAGCGGUCCCAAUUCGACCAGGCCGUCAAAGUCGCGGAUCAGAUUCUCUUGGUUGCGCCCUCCGAUGAGGACGCGAUUCGGUGCAAGGUUGUGGCCUUGAUCAAAGAAGAUAGAAUUAAUGACGCGUUAUCGACUAUUCAAGCUUCGCAGAGGCUUCCGAUUGAUCUCAGUUUCUUCAAGGCAUACUGUUUGUACAGGCAAAACAAGUUAGAUGAGUCGUUGGAAUCCUUGAAAAGCCAAGAGGGAAGCUCCACAGCCAUGUUGUUGGAGUCUCAGAUUCUAUAUCGCUUAGGGAAAAUGGAUGCUUGUAUUGAUAUUUAUCAGAAGCUUCAGAAAUCCAAGAUCGAGUCGUUAGAGAUAAACCUUGUUGCUGGUUUGGUGUCGGCUGGGAGAGGUUCUGAUGUACAAGGAACGCUGGAUGCCCUCAGAGUUAAAGCUACUAGCAGCUUUGAGUUGGCAUACAACACUGCCUGUUCUUUGAUAGAAAGGAGUAAGUACAAAGAUGCUGAACAACUCUUGCUGUCAGCUCGAAGGGUUGGCCAGGAAACAUUAAUGGAAGACAAUUUAGCUGAUGAUGAGAUAGAGAUUGAACUGGCUCCAUUAGCUGUCCAGUUGGCAUAUGUUCAGCAGCUCCUUGGAAACACACCAGAGGCCAUGGAAGCCUACACAGGCAUUAUUAACCGAAAUCUGGCAGAUGAAUCAUCACUUGCUGUGGCAGUAAAUAACCUUGUUGCAUUAAAGGGUCCAAAAGAUAUUUCUGAUAGCCUAAGGAAACUCGAUCGGCUAAUGGAAAAAGGCAAUGGAGCUCAGAGCUUUCAGCUUUCUAAUGGACUGGAGUCCAAACUUUCACCAAAACAGAGGGAAACAAUAUACACUAAUCGUGUGCUUCUACUACUACAUGCAAAUAGGAUGGAUCAGGCUCGAGAACUUGUUGCUGCACUGCCAGACAUGUUUGCAGACAGUGUGAUGCCAGUUCUGCUUCAGGCUGCUGUUUUGGUUAGAGAGAACAAGAGUGGAAAAGCUGAAGAAAUAUUAGGGCAGUUUGCUGAGAAGUUCCCCGAUAAGGCCAAGGUGGUUCUCCUUGCAAGGGCACAGAUUGCUGCUGUAGCCGGUCACCCUCAAAUUGCGGCUGAGUCCCUUAGUAAAAUAGCUGACAUUCAGCACUUGCCUGCUACAGUUGCCACCAUUGUAUCCCUUAAAGAGCGUGCUGGGGAUAUUGAUGGUGCAGAAGCUGUUUUUGAUUCUGCAAUCCAAUGGUGGUCAAAUGCCAUGACAGAAGAUAACAAGCUCACUGUUAUAAUGCAAGAGGCUGCUUCCUUCAAACUCAAGCAUGGGCGGGAGAAGGAGGCUGCCCGGCUAUAUGAAGAGCUUGUUAAAAGCCAUGGAAGUGUACAGGCUUUGAUUGGGCUGGUAACUACGGCUGCUCGUGUGGAUGUUGACAAGGCUGAAGCUUAUGAAAAACAGCUAAAACCAUUGCCAGGUUUGAAGGGAGUUGAUGUGGAGAGCUUGGAGAGGACUUCCGGUGCCAAACACAUUCAAAGUGAUAGUCGUGUGGGUAUCACUGAAGCAUAUGAAGAAAGUAAGAAUAAGGAGAAGGCAAAGAAGAAAAGAAAGAGAAAGCCAAGGUACCCUAAAGGAUUUGACCCUGCAAACCCAGGCCCUCCACCAGACCCGGAGCGGUGGCUACCCAAGAGGGAGAGGUCUAGUUACAGGCCCAAGAGAAAGGACAAGAGAGCAGCUCAGGUGAGAGGCUCACAGGGUGCGGUUGUUAGAGAAAAACAUGAAGCUGCUGGUUCAGACACUUCUGCCAAUACGUCAAAUUCAAAAUCAGACCAAGCCACCACCUCCAAAGGUUCCUCACAGAACGCGGUUGCGUCACAAUCCAAGCCUUCAUCCAAGUCAUCAAAGAAGAAGUCUAGGAAAUAAUUGGGUGAGAAAACCAAAUAAAUUUUGUUUGACUAUCUCAUGAAUGAACAUCUUGUUUUGGAAUAUGACUAGGACGUCUGAGAUUUUGGUAAUUUGUUCACGGUAUCAAUGUUGGGUUGGGUUUGAAUGUUUGAGAAUUCAACGGUCAAACCCCUGCGAUUCCUUGGCUAGCCUGAUUCAUGUAGUAUGUUAUCGACCAUUUAUUGUGACAUUAAGUGCCAUCCAGUUGUUCUUCCAGGUA